UUCCUGCGUCGCAUAGCAACCACAACAGGAAGACAUAACGGAUACCACUUUGAGUGCCACACAAAUAUUAAUUGUUGAAAGACAUUUCUGCUUCGGUUUUUAUUACCCUCCACGGAUUUCUACAAGGCGCUUGUGAAUAUGUUGAGGAACGGAACGAAGCAACACGCCCAAGCCUUCACCGUGAAGGCCACUAUGAAGAACUCUGUGGUGGUGGGGCCGCCGACUGCAGGGGCUUUUCGGGAGCGCCCUUCCAAACCAACCAGCUUCCGCAAGUUCUAUGAUCGUGGAGAUUUCCCCAUAGCAGUGGAGCAUGACACCAAGGGAAGCCGAAUUGUAUGGAAGGUGGAGAUUGAGAAACUGGACUACCACCACCUCCUGCCUCUGUUCUUCGACGGCUUAAGCGAGACCGUUCAUCCGUACAAGUUACUCGCCAGUCAAGGAGUCCAUGACAUGCUCGAGCACGGAGGCGCCCAGAUCGAGCCUGUGAUCCCUCAGCUCAUCCUCCCAAUCAAAAAUGCCCUGAACACAAGGAACCGUCAGGUGAUCUGCACCACCCUGAAAGUCUUGCAGCACCUGGUGAUGUCCGGGGACAUGGUGGGAGAGGCUCUCCUGCAGUACUACAGACAGAUCCUCCCUAUUUUCAACCUCUUCAAGAACAUGAACAUCAACUGUGGAGACGGCAUCGACUACAGCCAGCGGAAGCGAGAGAACAUCGGCGACCUGAUCAAGGAGACUCUGGAGAUGUUUGAGCGCCACGGGGGAGAGAAAGCCUUCAUAAACAUCAAAUAUAUGGUGCCCACCUACACUUCCUGCCUAAUGAACUGAUCAUCCUGAUGCUGCACAGACUCUUGACUUUACAUCUUUGUCAGUCCUUUAUCUGGCCCUCACCUCUAAAUGAACCUCUUAUCUCAUGCCUUACUUUCUCCAAGCGCUCCUCCUAAUCCUAAUCUCACCUUCACUCCAUGGGUUCUCCUUUUGUUUCUGAACGGAUCUCUUAUUCCACUAAGAUUCAACACCCCUUCCUCUGCUCUGUCGCAUAACCUGUUUAAAAAGCAUUAUUAAAUUCA